AUGUCAGAACGAGUCCAAAUCACCGCCACCAACAAAUCCCCCCUCCUCCUCAUCGUGACAUGGCUUCUCCUCGUCCUCGCGGCUUUCGCCUACAUUGUGCGCUCCAUCGUCAAGCUCUCGCGUCAGGCCAUGCGUCUGGAAUGGGACGACUACCUCCUCACCGGCGCUCUGGUCUUCUGCACCGCGCAGUCGCUGGCCACAAUCAUUCGCGCGGCUGACGGGUUCGGUCAGCCUCUUGCUCUGCUUUCUACCGCCAAAGUAGAGGCGAGCAUGCAGGCGGCGCUGGCGGCGAGCAUCUUGUACGUGCUCUCGCUGGCGCUCUCCAAGAUCUCGCUGCUGGCGCUGCUGGCGAAGCUCUCGCCAAAUCGCCGCCAUCGCCGGGUGAUGCAUGGGAUUGCCCUCUUUGUGGCGGUGUUUACGUCCAUCUCGGUGUUUGUCGUCUCGUUUUCCUGCUCGGUGCCGAAUACGUGGGACUACACCUCUGGCAGGUGUAUCAACAGGCCCCUCUGGUGGACCUUCUUCGACGUAUACAACAUCGCAACCGAAAGCGCCCUCAUCGUGAUCCCGAUCUACAUCAUCGGCCUCGUACAAUGGCCGCUGGCGCGCAAAGUGGUGUUUUCCAUUCCUUUUGUGUUACGAACGUGUACGAUUGCAGCGUGCAUUGCCGACAUGCUGCUCUGGCACCGGCUCUCCUCCUCGCCAGACCCCUUCUUCGCCGAAUGGCCCGUCUCGGUGACGACGCAGACCAUCCAGUGCAGCUGUCUGGCCAGCACGUGCAUCCUGUACCUGCGCAACUUCCUGUCCAGCGUCGAGACGGGCUUCGGCCUCGACGGCGAUCUCAGCGCGUCGAUCCCGCUCGAGCUGCGCACGGCCACGGUGGGACGCAGCGGAUACAAUCUCUCCUCCGAGGGCCUGACGGGCUCUGCCAGCAUGCCGGGCCAGAUCAAAGUCACCACGCGCUACGAGGUCCGCGAGGAGGUGUACACAGUGUUGGGGGGGGGACACGAGACGGAGACCGAUCAGGAAAUGAUGGACAGGAGAGGGUGA